CCGAGCUGAGCGAACGUGUCGAGCUGGCGUGCGGUCUGUCUGAGAUCGCUCUUGAAUCUCCGCCAGAUUUUCAGGUGGAAUAUUUACCCAAGAACUUUCAAGCUCUGAAUCAAUCUUAAGAGUCUUCUAACAUUCAUUAAGCUGAAGCAAAAAAAUAGAGAAUAGAUCGAUCAUUUGAAUUGAUAAUUUAGAAAUGAAAAAAAAUAUGUAGUUAGGAAAUUUGUAAUAAAACUGUGAUUAAGUAAAGAAGAAACUUAGUUGCGCAGAGGUUCGAAGUGAUCAUUUUUUAACCUAACAAGUGAAUCUCUUCAAGAGAUUUUGUUGGCUGUAUAGUGUCUAAAAGCCAUUGGUGUUGACAAAGUGAAAUUUACAAUUAUUACAAGAUAAUACGUAUAGACUGCCCCGACUAUGGAUCACCAUCACUCCGCCUUCAGUUUGCUUCUUCUCCUGUGUGUCACGAGCAUAACAGACGGAGACGAAGGUCUUUCCCUAAAGGAUAUGGAGAAGAGUACUUCGUCUUCCUUCAUGUCAGACGCCUCUCUGCUCGACGCGUUCCAGCCUGGUAUCGCCAUCACUCACCGGUGGCGUCUCCCGGACAGGUAUCGGCAACGGAGCCAAUACAUCGACCCUGCGACACCCCUUCACGUCACGGCGUACUCGGGCGUUCCCGCUCUCAUCCGGUGUCUCGUCAAUAACCUCGGGCAGAGAUCCGUGUCAUGGAUAAGGCAUCAAGAUAUUCACGUGCUGACAGUGGGUCGUUUUGCCUUCACAAAUGAUGAUCGAUUUGACGUACAGCAUGAUGACGGCAGUAACGAAUGGGUUCUGAAACUCAGAUCGCCGACAGUGAAUGACUCUGGUACUUACGAAUGCCAGAUUAACACAAAGCCCACAAUUAGUCAGCUUAUAUCUCUGACAGUUCUUGAGCCUAAAGCAGUGAUAACGGCUGGCAAAGAACUGUACAUUAACAGGGAAUCUACUCUCAGACUCACAUGCAAAGUGACAAACGCUCCAUCUGCGUCUGCAUACUUACUCUGGUAUCACGAAGAGAAAGUGGCCAAUUACGAAAUGGAGAAAGUACAGGUGAGCGUCGAGAACGUGAAUGAGACCACUAUUAGUACUCUAACUCUAGAGGACGCUCAGCCCACUAAUUCAGGUACAUACACCUGUAACCCAUCGAAUGCUAGGCCCGCCUCCGUCCGAGUACACGUACUCAGUGGUGAACAUCCUGCAGCCAUGCAGACGAACGGCGCUUCCUUCUGCCUCACGUGUGAUUCCAGAUUUAGAAAAACAGGCCCAAGCAUAGCAAUGCCGACUUUCCUGAGCCAAUUAGACACGCAGAAAUUGGCCCUGUCCCUCUCGGUGUGCGCAUGCGCGCUACUCCUUCACAGCGUACUGGAAAACAGCAGACCGUCCCCAGUCGACGUAUCCUUGACACACUUAGCGGCAGGCGGGCUAUUCCUAAUUUGCUGGAGCCUAGCUCGCUGAUGUGAUCAUCCCGCGGACUAUGAGCAUUGCUGAGAAGUUCCCCCCGAGUUGGAAUUUAAACACUGGAGUUCCCUGAAGGGAAUUUGAAAUGGAAAGAUUCUGUUCCUUGUGAGAUCAGUGAGUUAAUCCUGGAGACUUUUUUUCUUCCCAGAUGGAAACUCUUCUUCUCGCGAGAAUUCUCGAGAGAUUGGACACGACAGAUGGCUGAAGUCGUUGACGAAUGACACCACCAACCGGUUGGAUUUCGAGUGACUUGUGAAGACUCGGAAAUCAAUUUGGGUCGAGAAUUUGUCAUGGUGCUUUUUUUCCUAAAUGUACAGGAGUGGAUGUCAAUUUUCGUGUGUGUAUAUUUAUACAUAAUAUAUAUAUUUCCGUACACAAGGAUAUGUAAGGAGUAUUUAUACGUACAUGAUAGGCACGUAUCAUAUUUGUACGUGGGUGGGUACGUGUAUUUUCCUUAUGAAAGGGCUGCUUCAUUUCGAAUUUGUCGAGUAUUUUUUUUAAAUAAGUAUCCAUGGUUGCAUGACUGAGUACAUGUGUGUGCGUUCAUUUAAAUAUACAAAUGGAAGCUUUGCAUUUCCUGAAAUGUUGUGGACUCACGUAUGCUACUGUAUAACGUGUGCGAACAAUUAAACGAAUUGUUUUAUAUUUUCCAAAGGAUUUUAAUGGAAAUUACCACAUGAAGAAAAGAAGGAUAUUCAAACUAGACACAAUGAAUAUCCGACACCUUAUAAGAAAUACGGAAGUGAUAAACUUGAUAAUCAUUGCAAACGUUUUUAUAAGUGAGUGCUUUUGUAAUACAGCGACAGGCAAAGUGUUUAUACACAGCUGAGUGAAACGCUUCCCGAAUCCUUUCUUUCUCAAAGAAAAUCUGGGUUACAGAAUUCCAGACUCAACGAAUCGAUACCUUUUAAUAUAACUAGAGGAACUUCUGCACCAAGUGCCUGAUACACUAUUUCAAUCCAUGUCUAUAGGAUUAGGUGUGACAGCUGUGUUAAACUGCUUGUUCUUUUGUGAAUUUUUUUAUAAUAGGCCAUGCAAUAAAACGUUGAGGAAAUGACACAGAUUAUUAAUCAGCAUGAAGAAAAUUCAGUUCACUGCUCAGGAAGAAGAGGACAGGAUGACGGGGCGAGAGGAGGGGUAAGGAAUAACACGGGAAGAAUAUUGAUAUCAGAAAAGGAAGUCUAUAUAUCGACAGAUAGUUUGAGCUUCUUCCUUAUGUUAUUUGGCAUGCAGAAGUUCAUUUACAAAAUGGGAUAAAAAAAAAUUCCCUUUAAUCUCUCCUUGUAUCUUUUUUUAUAUUUUUCUGGAACACCAAUUGUAAAAAUGUUAUCAAUAUCAUUGCUUAGCUUGAGAUUGGCUGAAUCUAAAAUGACUCGGAGAAAAAUGGUAACCAAUUUUGAACAAUAUUGAUUAAAGUUAUUGCACUAAUUGUUUGUGGUAUAUUAUAAUACUUUAUUAUUUUUUCGAUUUUACUUGCUAGACAAGACUUUCAUUCAUUUUAUUUAUAAAGUCAUAUGCCAAUCUCGUUUCAGAGAAUGUCAUAUUUUCAUUUAUUUCUUUAACAAGCAUUUAAGGGUCCUUGACUGAGUCAGGUCCAGAAUAAUAUUGUCAUAAUCUGGGAAGUAUGUUCAAAGAAAUAUAAAUUAAUAAUGAAGCGGAUAUUUGAUAAUAAAUAAAACCAUUGAUUACAUUAUAUUAAAAACUUAUAUAUUGUUUAGAUUAUUAACAAACUAGGAAAUCCUAAGACUCAUUACAGCUGUUCGGUGAUAUAUGAUUGUAAUUUGCUGGUUUAUAUCUGAAAUAAAUUCGA